UUUUGGGUCUCUCGAAAGGGGAUCAGAUGAAUCCAAACGAAUUACUGUUAAUUGAAUAGAAGUGACAGCUUUCUGAGAGGAUUGGCAAUCACUUUAGACCACCUGGGAAAUGGGGAGGCAUUAUUGAGUUGGAAUCCAGCAUCUUCUGUUCACCUUCUUCCUCUGGCUUGGUUCAUGUUGAGAUCUCCGGGUUGCUACCUCUGAUCUCUUCUUUUUCUUUUUUUCCUUUCUGAAUUUUAUUGUGUGUGGAUGUGUGGUUGUGUUAUUGUGAAAUUGUAUGCUUUAUGGUUCAGCACUGAGAACCAGUUAUCAAUCCAAUCUUGGGGAGUUUGGUGUGUGUGCUGAGUUACUGCAGUGAUCGUCAACUUAAUGCUGUUGUAUUGUAUUUUAUUUCCUCCGCUUAGCAAAUAAUCGGGCAUGAUGUUAAUGUGGCAACUUGCUGGUAUUUUUUCUUGUGCGGGUUCUGGUCACAAUGUUCAUGAUCCGGGUUAAAAGGGAUGUUGCAAAAAGGGCAUUGAACACCAUGUGUUCUUCAAACUAUUUGAGAAGAAGGAACUUCUGUGACACUGCAGCUGUUGGAGUCUCCUCCAAUAUUGAGCGUGGCACGGAUUAUGCAGAGAAGGUUGGUAUGACAAAUAAGGUUGACCAACAUGAUAUUGCAAUCGUUGGUGGAGGCAUGGUCGGCCUGGCUUUUGCUUGUGCAUUGUCAAGUAUGCCUUUGACAAAACAAUUAUCAAUAGCUAUUAUUGACAGUAAUCCUGCUUUAAGGUCAAGACAAUGCUUUUAA